AUGAAGGUUUGUCUCGCAGCUGCUCUUGCUGCCGCCUUCACCGCGACAGCGAUGUCACAGGACUCUCCGGCUGAGCUCCUUCGCGAGCUGCAGGCCCAAAAAGCGUUGCUGGAGGAGCAGCGAAAGGAGCUGAAGCAGAUGACCGAAACCCAGGAGAGUAUGGCUGGCGCCAUGGAUUCGGCGUGGCUGGUCCUUUGUGGAGCGUUGGUUAUGUUCAUGCAUGCAGGGUUUGCAAUGUUGGAAACCGGCUGCUGCCGCGCAAAGAAUGCCUCGAACGUUUUGAUGAAAAAUUUAGUCAAUGUGAGCGUUGGCACAUUGGGUUGGUGGAUGUUUGGCUGGGCCCUUGCCUAUGGCUCUCAAGCCGGAUCUUUCAUUGGCACGGAUGGCUUCUUCGGCCUGG